CAAACACACAAACGAGUGACAGCGAUGAUGGACGAGGGUGGUGACAGCUUCGCUGCCGGGGUGGCAGACGACGAUGAUGGAACGCGGCUGUUCACCGAUGAGCAGAUCGAGCAGUGCCCUUCUGUUGCGAUAUCCAACCUCACAAUUAAAGAGACCAAGAAGCGGCGACUCAUUGGUGCAGGUCACAUUGUGGAACUCGGCACUGCAUGCAAAGUCUCCAUCUUCGCAACAGCCCGCGCAUGUCUGCUCUACCAUCUCUUCUAUCAACAUCAGUGUCUGGACCACUUUGACGAGCAGGUGACUGCAAUGGCCUGCCUCUUCAUCGCAUGCAAAGCGGAGUCAAGGCAGCUCAACUUGGAUCGCGCUUCAUAUCUCCACAUUUCAAAGGUCAUCUCCCGGUCAUACCAGCUGGUGCAACGGGAGAGGAUUACAACGGACAGUGUGCUGUUCAAAGAGUACGUUGACCGUAUUCUCUUCACAGAGCGCGUGCUUCUGGCCUCGCUUGGCUUCCGCCUCGACAUGCCCACGAUGCAUGAUUACGUCAAGGCUUUCAGCGAGGCGGCAUACUUUCCCAACCUCGUCGCCUGCAUUAACACGUUGCUUCCGAGCACGCUGUGCUUGACUCACCACCCUCUGGUGAUAAUUGCAUCCAUCGUGCACUCCUUUGAGAAGAAUGCGAAGAUGUUACCAGAGGCGUGGUGGACGAAACUUCCACCAGUAUCCGGAAAGGCAUUGACUGAGGAAGACAUGAUGUCAGUCUCGGGGAGAAUAGAGAAGCACUUGACAGCUGAGCGCGAGCUGCAGCGUGAGGUUGGAGCAGAUGCAGUGUUUGAGCGGCGCGACAGUAUGUUGCGCAGGCCAGUUCCGCGCAAGCCACCUCCCCACAAGCCACGCAGUGCCAACCCCUAAUACAUACGCGAAUGCAUUUGGGUUGACCCUAACCACCAACGUGAGUUUCUCUGUGUAUUAAACGAAGCCUUGCCGA